AUACUUCAGAGUUCAGAGCCAUAUAUAAGAGUGGAAAUAAACUCCUCUCAGGUCCCACCUCAAAUUCCGCAACCUUGGUUUAGCAGACAACAUCAGCAAUUCUCGUCCUCUCUCAAUCUGUCAACCUUCUUCAUUCAACCCUCUUUCUCCCCUAAAUUAAAAUUAGGUUGUUCAUCCUCACUGAAACAUUCCGUCCUUUUUGUGUUGGAUAGAAUCAUUAGCUCUCAAUUAAUCAGGGUAAUCGGUGAAAAAUCAAAAUUAAGUCGUUAAAGUUUUUUUCGGGGGUUUAGGGUUAGGGUUUUAGAAUAGGGUAAAUGGUGGCGGUGGUGGUGGUGGCGGAGGAGGAGAGGUGAUGGAUCACGCGGAGUCGGAAGAACCAGAGAAGAAAAGACCUCAUUUGAGCAGUGAUUCUUCCCUAAUGGCUCGUAAUUCUAAUGUCUCUCCUGAUAACAAAUCGGUUGAUGCAGCUGUCCUCCAAUACCAGAAUCAAAAACUUGUGCAGCAGCUUGAUGCACAGAAACAUGAACUGCAUGAGCUCGAAGUCAAAAUCCAAGAACUAAAAGAGAGGCAAACCUCUUGUGAUGAUAUGCUGACAACUAUCAAGCAACUAUGGAACCAGUUGAUUGAUGAUGUAGUUUUUCUCGGGGUUAGAGCUGGUGGAGGCCUAAAUUUCUUGCAAACUUUAGACUAUCCUCAAGGUUCAAUCGCUUCAUGUCCUGCGGAGCAUAUAUUCCUCUGUAGGCUUCUAAAUGUUGAGUCGGUUGAGGGUAAUGGAGGAGAUGAUAUUGUCAAAUUUGUUGAAGAAAUUCUUGCACAACGUCACUCUUCUACUUGGGAGUUACUGAGAUUUCUUGAAGACUUUGUUGAGGAUCAGAAAAAGAAGACCUUCAGCAUCGCUCAGGAAUUGCAUGAAAACCUUUCUACAGAAGAUGCUAUCAUUAAAUUGAAGAAAAUCGAAGAUUUGAUGACAGAGGAGGCUAAUAGUCUUCAUGUGGUCAUUGAUGGUCUCCGUCAAAAGCACUCAGAGUAUGCUGAUAGAAUCCAGACUUAUAUACAGAACCAGUCAGUGGAUGAAACUGAGAUUAAACAUAUUGCAGGUGAGCUGGAAGAAAGCAUGGCUCAGCUUGAAGAAAGCAGAAGAAAGCUUGUAAAUCUGAGAAUGCAGAAAAAUUUAGCAUCUGGAACUUACAGCCCUGUCACUGGGGCUUCAAAUGGCACUUUGUCUCCAUUAGAGUUACCAGAUAAGUCAAUGGGUCUGCGGGAGUUGAAAGACUCAAUUGAGGAAGCUGAGAUAUUGGCAGCUGAUCGGCUUGCUGAGCUUGAGGAUGCACGUGAAGAUAAUUCGAUCCUGUCAAAACAAUUAGAAGAAAUUGAGAAUGAAAUGAAGGAUGAUAAAUAUGUGUGCACUUCUCGAUUGUACACUUUGGUUAAUGAUCAGCUCCACCAUUGGAAAGCUGAAGUCUCGCGAUAUAAAGCAUUGACUGAAUCUCUACAGUCCAAUAGGUCAUAUCUUAUUAGAAGAGAAAAGGAACUAGAGUUAAAAACAGAAUCAGCAGACAGUGCAAAAGAUGCUAUUGAUAAGGCUAAGACAAGAGUUGAGGAGUUAGAGCUGAAGUUCCAGAAUUCUGUUAUCCGGAAGAAUGAACUUGAGGCUAAAAUGGAAGAAGUUGUUCAAGAUUCAGGAAGGACAGACAUUAAAUCUGAGUUCAAUGUGAUGACCUCAUCUCUGGCUAAAGAAAUGGAAAUGGUGGAGGCUCAACUAAAUCGAUGGAAAGAUAUUUCCCAGGAAGCCUUGUCCUUGCGAGGAGAAGCAGAAACACAGAAGGCAUUGUUAAGCAGAAAGGCUAGUGAAGUGAAGGUCUUGGGAGAUAAAUGUGCUCAACAGAUGGUGGAAAUCAAAUCCCUUAAGGAGUUGAUUGAGAAGCUGCAAAAAGAAAAGUCGGAACUGCAAAUCUUUGUAGAUAUGCUUGGCCAGGGAAUUUAUGACAACAGAGAUCUGAUGGAAAUCCAAGAAUCUGAACGAAGAGCUUGUGCACAAGCUGAUGUGUUGAAACACGCUCUUGAUGAGCAUAAUCUAGAGCUAAGGAUAAAAGCCGCUAAUGAAGCUGAGGCGGCUUGCCAGCGGCGUCUCUCGGUUGCUGAGGCUGAAAUAGCUGAUUUAAGAGCCAAAUUGGAUACUACUGAAAGGGAUGUCUGUGAACUGACGGAAGCAAUUAAAAUAAAGGAUGCAGAGGCAGAAGCUUAUAUUUGUGAAAUUGAGACGAUUGGUCAAGCAUAUGAAGAUAUGCAGACGCAAAAUCAACAUCUCUUGCAGCAGAUGACUGAGAGGGAUGAUUACAAUAUCAAGCUGGUGUCUGAAAGUGUGAAGACAAAGCAGGCUGUGAGCACACUUCUCUCAGAGAAGCAAGCCCUGACUAAGCAAUUUCAACUAGUUAACGCAUCGCUGGUAUCUCUCAGGGCAAGAGUUUCAAGUAGUGAAGAGCGGAUGAAAGCUAUAAUGACAGAGGCCUUUAAACAUUGCCAAGAAGACAGGCACCUCAUGGUUAGCAUAGAGAGAACGAAAUGGGAGUUAUCAGAUGCCGAGAAGGAGUUGAAGUGGGUUAAAUCUGCUAUUGCUUCGUCUGAGAAGGAAUACGAGCAGGUUCAACGGAAGACUGCUGAAAGUCAAAAGGGGUUGAACAGUGAAAGGCAUGACAGAAAGAAACUUGAGGACGAGCUUAGAGAAUGGAAGGAUAAAGUUGAUGAGAUGAGAGCUGAAACAGGGGAGGCUGCAAUCCAGAGACUUCAAGAGGAAAUAAAAGAUUGCAAGUCUAUUCUCAAAUGCAGUGUUUGCUUUGACCGCCCAAAAGAGGUUGUAAUUGUGAAGUGCUACCAUCUUUUCUGCAAUCAGUGUAUACAAAGAAAUUUGGAAAUUCGCCACAGGAAGUGCCCUGGCUGUGGUACCGCGUUUGGGCAAAAUGAUGUUCGGUUUGUAAAGAUAUGAAAAGAAAAAGAAAAAACCUGUUCAAAUUUAUUUAGGGGUUUCAAAAAUAACCUAAUGUUUUGUAUGAUAGUAAGAUAAAAUGCACCACACCAUUGUAAUUGGCUGCAUAAGUGGUUAUCCCUUUUGCCCCCUUGUAAAUAGGCAAAUAGCAAUAGCAAUUAGCGUAGCAAACUCCCUUUUGAAAUUUCAGCAGCGAGGCUCAUCACUCUCGCUUACCAUAGUUGACUUCAGACUAAUGUCUAAUUUUAUGUGAAUUUUCUGGUUAGGUUUUUCCCAUCACAGUUAAUAAGACCAGCAAUUUUCUUGAUUCC